AAAGCUGUCGUUGACAUAACUAAGAUUGCAUAAAAAUUCAAUUAAAUGGUUUUAAAAAUCUCAAUUGAGAAAUUAAAGAAAAUAUUUAACAUAUUUAAAAAAGUCAAACAAGUGCAAACAACCAUGUUGAGAUAAGCCCUGAAGACAAACAAGCAAAACUAAAAAGUUUAAAUAGAAUUGCUGGUCACUUCAACUUUUUCACUAACAACGCAAAGGACCCACACAGAGCAGUCUUCUGUCAAGUGCAGCAGAGUGUAUGCAAUUUGUACUAUUAACCUUAUCACUCCUCAAAAGGAUUUUCAUAUCCUUACAUAUCUUUAUCUACGCGUACUUAUGUCUACGAAAGUGGCCACAAUAUGACAAUAUUAAGCAGCGUUGCCAGCUUGAGCUGCUUGAUGCGACGUUUAUUUAAACUUUUGAUUAGCUGUGCUGUAAUGUCCGUCAUUUGUAUUAAUUCCUGGUCAUUUGCGAAGGGGGACUCCCAUAUGCGUUUAACACAACGCAAUAAUCAUGCAAACAUUUCCGAGUUACUGGACAAUUUAUUGCGCGGCUAUGACAACAGCAUCAGACCGGAUUUCGGUGGACCUCCCGCUACAGUGGAAGUGGAUAUAAUGGUACGCAGCAUGGGCCCUAUAUCUGAAGUGGACAUGACGUACUCGAUGGAUUGUUAUUUCCGUCAAUCUUGGGUUGAUAAAAGGCUGGCUUUUGAAGGUGCCCAAGAUACUUUAGCGUUAAGUGUUUCAAUGUUGGCUCGAAUUUGGAAGCCAGACACAUAUUUUUAUAAUGGCAAACAGAGUUAUUUGCACACAAUUACCACGCCAAAUAAAUUUGUUCGUAUUUAUCAGAAUGGGCGCGUGCUGUACUCAAGCAGAUUAACAAUCAAAGCUGGAUGUCCAAUGAAUUUGGAAGAUUUUCCUAUGGACAUACAAAAAUGUCCUUUGAAAUUUGGCUCGUUUGGAUACACAACUGCUGACGUCAUCUACCGCUGGAAUAAAGAACGUCCUGCGGUCGCCAUAGCUGAGGAUAUGAAAUUAUCACAGUUUGAUUUGGUGGAUUGUCCAGCAGGAAACAUGACAGACAUUGUUUACAAAGCAGCAGCGCCAACUAGCAAAACAAUUCUUAAAAAUAAAACAUUAACCGCGUUUGCUGGGCCAGGAGCUAAGAACCAACAUGCACGUGGCAUUGGUCUGCAACUCGACAAAGGCUUAUUUGGUAGCGGUAAAGGUGAUGAAAAUGACAACAAUGGUAGGGUACGUGUGGAAAGCCGUGCUUCUGAAUACUCAAUGCUCUUGGUAAACUUCCAUUUACAACGCCACAUGGGUAAUUUCCUCAUACAAGUAUAUGGCCCCUGUUGUUUACUUGUCGUACUCUCUUGGGUUUCAUUUUGGUUAAACCGUGAAGCCACUGCCGAUCGUGUAUCACUUGGUAUUACAACUGUGCUAACAAUGACUUUUUUGGGUCUGGAAGCACGUACUGACCUGCCGAAAGUGCCAUAUCUAACAGCUUUGGAUUUUUUUGUAUUUCUCUCCUUUGCUUUUAUAUUUGCCACAAUACUACAAUUUGCUGUGGUACAUUAUUUUACAAAAUAUGGUUCAGGAGAAUGUUACUUCAUCAUUGAGGAUGCUGAGUCGGAAACGGAAUCCGAAGUUGAGGAACGCAUUCUCAAAAGCGAUUUCAACUCAAGUACAGAUUCGAAAAUAUAUGAAGUAAUACCUUUAUCCAUGUGUUCAAUAACCAUACCGAGUAGUGGUAAGACUUCAGCUAGCAGUAGCGGCAUCGGUCUUGGUAGUAGAUUGGAACGUAAAACUAAUGAACGACGUCGUCGUAGUGAUGGUUUUAGUUUUUCCUGUUUGAACUGGCCUUGUUUUCAUAAGCGCCAUAAAAAUCGAGUAAAUUUCGAUAUGUCUGAUGAGGAUGAUGAGGAGUCUCAUUUACGUGGUGGAGAAGAUGGCACACCAAGACGUUCGGCUGGUCGUCGUCGUAUGUCAUUUUAUCGCCGCGAAGAAUUAGAGGCACGCCGAAAAGGCAAACGUACACCACAAUAUAAUUCUGUUUCGAAAAUCGAUCGUGCCUCAAGAAUUGUUUUUCCACUUCUCUUCUUCCUUAUUAAUGUAUUCUACUGGUACGGUUACUUGUCACGUAGUGCACGUAUACUAGCGCACACGCCAUCAUCCUCCUGAUGUUACCUUUUAGCAAUUUAGACAAAGUCCUGGAGGAAAUCAAAACAAAUGAAGCAGCUAAUGGCAGUCACUCCAUAAAUCGAAUUCUUUAAUUGAGUUUGAGAUCAAAAGGGUACAACAUCAACUAAUUUAUGCUAUAUUCAAUAUGAUUUGCUGGAACUCUUCAAUCUUCUGCUUCUUAAGUUUAUUUAAACUGAUUUCUUCGCGCUAAAUUGCUAAAGUAAAAAAAUAUUUUUAAACAUA